AAACACUCUUACAAAUUUGGAAAAUGGUUACUUGGGAAAGAUAUACUAUUGUCGGCAUUAUCAGUUUUGUAAGUCUUCUUCUUCCAUCAAGUCACACUUUUAUUCAACGGUGUCCUGAAAUGAAAGAACUAGAAACAAUUAGAAGGUACUGGAAUUGUUUACAUCGAAAAGAGUAUCACUGUUUGGCGAUCGAUGUCAUCGAGCUCAACACAUUCAGAGAAGAAUGCAGAACAUCAGAUUGGGUAUCAAAAGGGAAUUAUCCAGUAAUUAGAGGGGAAAACAUCGACUAUGAGAUAUGCUCAGCUGACUCCUAUCAACCAGUUUUGUUUAGGUCCAAUGCACAUUUUAAAUGUAUUUAUCUGAAGUCCAACUGUUCAUUAGAAGGUCAAGUAGAAAUGAAUGUAGGAACAACAACUAGUGACAAAGCUUGUCGCUGUGAUUACAAUAAAGGAUUUGCAUUUGUGACAAGACCUAGAAAUCCAUGUGCCUGUGUUCCUUCAAAAGAGGAUUGCAGCUGUUAUAUCAAACGUUGUGCAAAAGGACAAACAUUAAAUUCAGAUUACCAGUGUACACCUUUAAAAGAAAUACAUGGAAGUACUACAUGCAAUGUGAUAGCACUUACAGGCAUCACAGAUGCAAACCCUAAUAAUUCAUCUAUACCUAAAACUAUUCUUAUCGAUGUUGAUGUUCCACACGGCAUAUUAGAACGAGGAUUAAUUUACUUAAUGAUGCUGUUGACCAUUUUUGUCAUUUUAGUGUUUGAUAUAAUAGUGAUUAUUUGUAUUUUAUUCUCACAGUGCGGAUUAUGUUUUCGAAAACAAACUGAAAAAAGUGACCAGGGUAUUAUUGAAAUAUCUCCUGUAAAAGCAAAGGAUCCGUUACCUCUAUCAGGGUCAAAUUUGUUGACAACUGGAGACAAAAGUGUGUAUAUUCAAAGGAAUAGAAUUGACAACGAAAACAACAAAAAAGAUUACUGGAAAAGGGAAGAACACAGAGAAAGUACACAAAAGAGUGCGUCAAACUUAUCGACAACUGGAGAAAAAAGUGUGUAUACUCACAGGAAUAUAAUGGACAACGCCAACGACAAAACAGAUAACUGUAAAAGUGAAGAUCAAAAAGACAGUUCACAAAAGAGUGAUAUCAUAAUUCUACACAGCGAUGUGGAUGUUUUAGAUUUGAAUCGCUUCAAGGGUCGUUUGCUUUCCGUGGCAUGUAAGGAGGGUUACAACGAUAUACAAUAUUUCGAUAGAGUUUUUCCAUCGACUGACACCAUUUCGGUACAAGAUGCUAUCAAACAUUGUAAAUUACUAGUUUUCUAUAUUUCUACAGAAAUUUUGACUUUUGCUACUGAGGUUGAAAAACAGGGUUUGACUCGAAAUGAUAUAGUGUCUGUACUUAAAAUGACAGAUAAAUAUCCAAGGCUUAGAACUGUUUGCGCAAACAAAAGUUUGAACAUCAAAACUGAUAUGGACUAUUCUAAGUAUAUAGAUGGAACAAUUAAUGACAAUUCCUGCACAAAUGAUUUAAAAUCGAUGUUGAAAGAUAGAUAAAG